UCUGCCUCUUCAGUUGUACCGUCAGUUUCACGUUGUACCAAAACAAAAAAGAUGCUGGCGCUUAUCAACCGGCUUUUGGACUGGUUCAGGUCCCUCUUUUGGAAAGAAGAAAUGGAGCUCACACUCGUGGGACUUCAGUAUUCUGGAAAAACCACUUUCGUGAACGUGAUAGCAUCUGGCCAGUUCAGCGAGGACAUGAUCCCCACCGUUGGUUUCAACAUGCGGAAGGUUACCAAAGGCAAUGUGACAAUAAAGAUUUGGGAUAUAGGUGGGCAGCCUCGUUUCAGGAGCAUGUGGGAGCGAUACUGCAGAGGAGUCAACGCUAUUGUGUACAUGGUGGAUGCUGCUGAUCGGGAGAAGAUCGAAGCUUCCAGGAACGAGUUACACAAUCUGUUAGACAAGCCUCAGCUGCAAGGAAUCCCUGUGUUAGUCCUUGGAAACAAAAGAGACCUUCCCAGCGCGCUGGACGAGAAACAGCUGAUUGAAAAAAUGAACCUGGCAGCUAUACAGGAUCGAGAGAUCUGUUGUUACUCCAUCUCCUGCAAAGAGAAGGACAACAUCGAUAUCACACUGCAGUGGCUAAUUCAGCACUCCAAGUCACGGAGGAGCUGAGAACCAAGCCCAGACUCAGCCCCAGUGCCAGACCCAGCAGUCAAACCCCAUCGACCCCGGGCUGCACUCGUGAUGUAGUCCC